AUGAAUACCUUUUCCUCUCUUCUUAUAGAUAUCAAGAACCUUGAAACUUCACUAGCCAAAAACUCCUUGUCUCUUCAAUGGAUUUUAGAAGCCACAAAUCUCCUCAAGAAGAUGCACUUUCAGUUUCUUGAAAUAUUUCAGAAGUCUGAGGUACCCAUGUUCUGGGAUGGGGGAAAAUAUUUGGAUGAGUACAUGGAAGAGUCUUUGAACAUCCUGGAUUUUUGUAACGCGCUGAGAUCAGCCAUUUCUACAAUGGAUAUGUACCGUUUAAAAGUUGAUGUUGCAGUUAGAAGAUUUUCUGAUGAAGGGUAUUCAGGUUCGGCCAUGAAUAUGACUGAAAUUGAGAAUUUAGAUAGAGAAUGGCAGAAGCUUUAUGGCUUUGAGAACUGGAAAAUUGUGAAUCUAUACAAGACCGGCAGACAGAAAACAAAGGCCAAGGAUGAUGAAUUUUAUGCAUCAUAUGCUGUAAGAAGAACGAUGAAUAUUGUCUGUUCGCUCCUGUUUUCUGCGAUAUUCUAUCCAGCUCCAAUAGAAAAUGACGAGGAGGCAUAUAGAGAUUUCUCUCAACUGAAGUUAUUCUCAUCAUCACUGAGGAAGCUUGUUUGCAGCUUUUUUGAGGAGAGAAGAGGUUUCAAUGAUAAGUCAAGGCCAGUUUUAGUUGAGACUAAAAUGGUAGGGAGUGCAGUUGAGGAUCUUAAAGUUCAGAUUCUGAAGGGUGUGGCUCUGAAUAAAGAGAAGUUGGGAAAAAGCAUUGAUUCACUGCAGAACAGUUCCCUAGCUUUGAAGGAAGGUCUAGAAAUGUUUGAUUCUGUAGUUAAUGAGCUGUUUCAAGAGGUGGUGAAAGGAAGGAAUGAGAUCCUAGGUGUGGUUGCAUCAAGCUAG